AUGCCUCCCAAAGGAAAGCAAUCCCAGGGUUCCUCCAACAAAGUAAAGGAGGACAAGACUUUUGGGAUGAAAAACAAAAACAAAUCAGCGAAAGUCAAAGCUGAAGUAGCGCGCAUCCAACAACAAGCUUCUAUGGCCGGAAAGUCACGCGAUACCCUCGAGAAAGAGAAAGAAAAGGCUUUGCGUGCGAAGGCUGCCGCCGAGGAGGAGAAACGUAGAAAGGAGGAAGCUGCGCUCCUCAAGCCCGUUCAGACGCAGAAAGUGCCUUUUGGAGUAGACCCAAAGACAGUUCUUUGUGCGUUCUACAAGGCCGGGACUUGCGAAAAGGGGAACAAGUGCAAAUUCAGUCAUGACCUCAAUGUGGGGAGAAAAGUCGAGAAGAAGAAUUUGUAUUCGGAUGACAGGGAGGACAAAGAUAAGCUUACAGAUACUAUGGAUACCUGGGACGAAGAGAAAUUGCGAAAAGUCGUGCUAUCCAAGGCUGGUAAUCCUAGAACAACGACAGAUAUCGUCUGCAAACAUUUCAUCCAAGCCAUCGAGACCCAGAAGUUUGGUUGGUUCUGGGAAUGUCCAAACGGCGAGGGUUGCCAGUACCGUCAUGCUCUACCUCCAGGUUUCGUCCUCAAAUCGCAAAAGAAAGCUGCGGAGGAUGCGGCAAAAGCUAAUACCAUCAGUUUGGAAGAGUUCUUGGAAGUCGAGCGUCAUAAAUUGGGUAGUAAUCUUACGCCAGUCACCCCGGAGACAUUUGCCAUCUGGAAGAAGACUAGGAUGGACAAGAAACAGGCGGAACUCGAUGCCCUGAAGAAGGCCAAGGAUCUCCAGAAUAGCAUGGGCAAGAGCAGCGGUAUGAGUGGAAGAGAUCUGUUCCAAUACAACCCCGAAUGGUUCGAAGACGACGAAGACGACGACGGGUCAGACGACUGGGAUCUGGAGCAGUACAGACGAGAGAAAGAGAAGGAGGAUGCAGAGGAGGAAGCGCGGGCACAUGGCAGGGUUCAGGAAGGUCCUGCCGAUUCGGAUACAUUAUCGGAAGACAAGGGCGAGGGCGGAAGUGGUGGGACACAUUGA